AUGGGGGGCACCUUCAACUUCCCCCACCCGUCCCUUGGGAUCAUACGGGGUCUGACCUCAUUGUCUACCCAACAGUUCCUUGGUCUCCGUUAUGCUAUUUUGGCUAGCAAAUGGGCUCCGCCUCUUAUGUCCGAAGGAUUUAUCAACGGUAUUGUUGAUGCGACGGUUCAAGGUAUCGAAAUUGAAUUCGGCCACAUUCAGAAAGCACUUCCAGUCCCGGAUAUCCAGAAGUCGGAUACUGAAUGUCUGAAUUUGAACAUUACAGCCCCAACGGAUGUCUCUCCGGGAGCUAACCUGCCUGUUAUCGUUUUUCUCCAUGGCGGUGGUUACGGGAUUGGGGCCAAUUCGUGGCCCCAGUAUGAUUUCCGGCGUGUUGUUGACCUUUCAGUGAGAGGCGGCCAGCCUGUCAUCGGGGUGAACAUCAACUAUCGCCUUGGGGCUUUUGGGUUCCUAACAUCCAAUGAGCUCGUCUCCCAUGGAUACAAGCCCAACAAUGGGCUCCAUGAUCAACGCACGGCCUUGCUAUGGAUCAAGCAACAUAUUUCUGGGUUCGGAGGUGAUCCCGACAACACAACACUCGUCGGCGAGAGCGCUGGUGGAGUUUCUGCAACACAUCAUCUUGAAUCAGAAAUACCCCUGUUCAAACGAAUGGUCAGCAUGAGUGGUACAAAUCUCCUCAUGCAACCGCUUCCUGAGCAGGCGAUGGAGCUUACUUACCAAGCUAUCAUUGAUCGACUGGGACUAGCCUCAAUUCCAGCCUCCCACGGAGUCAGCACGCUAGUAAAUAUGGAUACUAGGAAGCUGCUCCAGGCUAUUCGUCCCAGUGACCCCCUGCUUCCAAUUUAUCGAGGAACUGCUGGCCUGCUCAACCUUCCAGGCCGUAAGUGGUGUGAAGAAAUUAUGAUUGGCGAUUGCCAGACGGAUGCUAGCAUUCUAUCCACGAUGCUCACCCGAGACAAAAAUGGCAUCGUAUCCGCCUCCAGAGAAUCAUUGGCGCGGUCUCUGGGCUCGGCAGGUAAAGCAGACCAGGUCCUCGACGCGUAUUCCAUCAGCCAGAAUACUUCCGAUGAAGAAGCAUUCAUAAGUAUACUUGGGUUCGCUAAUGACAUCUGCUUCUUCCUACCCGUGCUCCAUUAUGGACACUGCUGGUCCGGCCAUGCCUUCAUUUACAAUUUCAACGAGCCCAAUCCCUGGGACGGUCCGUGGAGAGGGUCCGCAAAUCACAUCCUUGAUGUUGCCUUUCUUUUCCAGAACUACAAUGAGUCGCUGUCACAACCCCAACGUGCAGUUGCCAUUCAGUUUGCCCAAGACCUCAUUGCAUUCUCCAAUAGACGUCCACCAUGGUUACCAUUCAUGUGGGAGAAUAAUGACCUGUACUCGCGAGUUUAUGGUGGAAAAGGCGCAAAUACCUCAGGAAAGGUUGUUACUGUGUUGAGAUGCUCGGACCGAACGGCGCGACACUAUCUUGAAGUUGACACAGAGUAUCCCAGCGGAUGA